UAACCUCGAUUCUUCCAGGCUAAGGCCUCUUUGGCGGCUAGUAAUCGAGGAAAACUAAUAUAGCCACGUGAAAAUGAGCACUAUGGAUCAUAAGACACCUCUGCUUCAAACUGAUGGAGAUGGUCAACCAAGAGCUCCUCCAAAUGUUCCUGGUGGUGGUGUGCCAUCAGCCCCACCAGGUGCAAUUGCCCCGCCCCCUUACUCAGGUCAAGGGGGGUACGGGGGAGUGGUUACCCAGCAGCCACAUGUCCAACCCUACGGGGGUUAUGCACAGGUCAAUGUGAAGCCACCUAACUACAUGGUCCUCAACGUUUUCGCUGCGUUCUGUUGCUGUCUCUUGUGUGGAUUAAUGGGACUCUACAUGGGAUCGCAAAGUGACACUGCCUGGGACAACGGAGACAGGGAGCAAUCCUUGAGGCACUCUCAAAAUGCCAAGAAGUGGGGGAUCGGAGGCAUCGUAGGAGGUUCCGUCACUCACUUGUGCAGUAUUGUCAUUAUUGGAGUCAGCUUUGGGGUGGUGUACGGAAGUCGGAGCUACCUCCAGUAGACAAAACUUGAACUUGUUGAAACUGAAACUAAAAAACUUGUUAUAUAAUCAAUUAUAUAUGGUCAAUACUCCAUAGACAGUUAUUGUGAUGUGACAUUAUUGCAUUUUG